GCAUGCGCUUUGACCUGUUGACCAUCUGAUUGCUUUACUCUGUGGAAUAAGCUGGAAAAUGGAAAUAGCGAGAACUACGAAUGUUAAGUAUUAAUACCUGGUUUUAAUCCAGUCAGGAACAGCCGAUUCUAUACAGCUGCUUAAGUGGUUAUACGGGAUGUUGGUGUACACCGUUGCAUAGGAGUCUGUGUUGAUCUGUGUUUGAGGGUGCCUUGAAACUUCUUAUACCAUCACUUAGUAGGAGUGUGAAAAAAGUACAGCUGAUGAGGAAGACACCAGUUUAGCACUGAGAUUAUCUAUUUAUUUGAACCUGAAGGGCUACAGUCAUGCUUUGUUGGGGAAAUGCUUCCUUUGGACAGUUAGGACUCGGUGGCAUUGAUGAAGAAGUUGUGUUAGAGCCCAGGAAAUGUGACUUUUUCCGUAGCAAGAACCUUCUUGAUGUUGGAUGUGGUCGAAAACAUACAGUUUUCAUUUUGGAUGAUGGGACAGUAUAUACUUGUGGAUGUAAUGAUCUAGGACAGCUAGGACAUGACAAGGGAAGAAAGAAACCAGAACAUGUUGGCUCUCUGGAUGCACAGAAUAUUAUUGCUGUAUCUUGUGGUGAAUCACAUACCCUAGCACUGAAUGAUAAUGGCCAGGUUUUUGCAUGGGGUCUUGCUGCAGAUGGACAACUUGGCUCACCAGCAGUAGAAGAAUUUUGUAGAGUUCCCAGGCGCAUUAAAAGUUUGUCUCAGGUAUGUGUUCUACAGGUUGCUUGUGGGUAUCAUCAUUCUCUGGCCUUAUCGAGAUGGAGUGAAAUAUAUGCUUGGGGACAAAAUAAAUAUGGACAACUUGGUAUAGGACACAGUAAGAACCAGUCUUCUCCACAGCUUGUUAAAUCCUUAAUAGGACUUCCAUUUAUGCAGAUCUCAGCCGGUGGUGCACAUAGUUUUGCGCUCACACUUUCUGGAGCCGUUUUUGGAUGGGGUCGAAAUAAUUUUGGACAGCUUGGUCUUAAUGGAGAAAAAGACAGGUAUGUUCCUGCCUUGUUGAAAUCUCUUCGGUCACAAAAAGUUGUUUACAUUUGUUGUGGAGAAGAUCAUACAGCUGCUCUUACAAAGGAAGGUGGCGUGUUCACAUUUGGUGCAGGAGGUUAUGGUCAGUUGGGCCAUAAUUCUAAUAACCAUGAAAUAAAUCCAAGGAAAGUCUUUGAACUCAUGGGAAGUGUUGUCACACAGAUAGCUUGUGGAAGGCAGCACACAUUAGCAUUUGUUCCCGCUUCUGGAAGAAUCUAUUCCUUUGGCCUUGGAGGUAAUGGGCAGCUAGGAACUGGGUCAACCUGUAACAGAAAAAGUCCAUUCACUGUUAAAGGAAACUGGGUGCCUCACUGUUCACAGAAACCGUCUUUUGAAUAUAAUGAAAAUUGCUGCUGUGUCAAAAGAAUUUUUUCUGGUGGUGAUCAAAGUUUUGCACAUUUCACUUCUGUGAAUUCAGACACACCAGAGGAUUUUAGAGUCCAUAAGUUUGAGAAACAGAUCUGCACAGUAAAUGACAUAUGGGUGCAACGAUGGUUAAACUAUUCAUGUGAAAAACGUCCUGUAGAAAUAGAUAAUGAAAUUGAUGGGACAUUUUCGUCAUCUGGCUGUUUAAAUGGAAGCUUUUUAGCAGUUAGCAACAAUGAUCACUAUAAAACAAAUGGCAAGUUCUCGGGGAUUGAUAUGAAUGCUGCACGAUUGUUACUCCACAGACUAAUACAGAAUGACAAUCCUAAAAUUUCUCAGUUGGUGGCAGCUAGUUUGGAAAAAAAACUAAUACCCAAUUUGUCCAGUUCUCCACCUGAUGUUGAAGCCCUGAGAUUAUACCUCAUUCUUCCAGAGUGCCCACUUCUAAGUUAUUCAGAUAAUUUUCCUACAUUAACCAUUCCAUUAGGUGCUUCAAUUAUUCGUCUAGAAACAACCCCACUGAAAGUGCUUGAAAACUGGUGGUCCAACCUUGAAGCUUCAUGUUUCCUGAAAGUUGUUGGGAUAUACAAGGAUGUAGUAGUUCAUCUCCUGAAAUUCAAGAAUACUAUUGCAGCAGCAGAGAAACGGAUAUGGAACAGCUUUCUGCUUACAGCCUUAAAGGUGUUAGAAAUUCUAUACAGGGUGAAUGAGAAAGCUGGACAGAUUGUUCAGUAUGACAAGUUUUACAUUCAUGAACUCCAGGACUUUGUAGAUAUUAGAAAGGACUACUUUAAUUGGCUUCAAUUUCAACAACAUGUUUUUGCUGGAAUGGACAUUCCUCAUGGAUUACUUGAGGGUCCUGAGAUGUCGGUCUUGUUUUGCACAUAUCCUUUUGUUUUUGAUGCCCAGGCAAAAACUACACUACUUGAAAUUGAUGCUGUUUUACAAAUGCAGAUGGCAGUUGAUCAAGCCCACCGACAGAAUAUCUCAUCUUUAUUCUUGCCAGUGGUAGAAUCUGUAAAUCCUUGCUUGAUAUUGAUAGUACGCAGAGAAAACAUUGUUGGAGAUGCCAUUGAAUUUCUCAGAAAAACGAAGAACUUGGACUAUAAGAAGCCCCUUAAGGUGAUAUUUAUAGGAGAAGAAGCAGUUGAUGCUGGGGGUGUGAAGAAGGAGUUUUUCUUGCUGAUCAUGAGGGAACUGUUAGACCCAAAAUAUGGCAUGUUUCGGUACUAUGAGGAGUCAAACCUCAUCUGGUUUUCAGAUCAGACCUUUGAAGACAGUGACUUGUUUCACUUGGUUGGUGUAGUUUGUGGCUUGGCUAUUUAUAACUUGACUAUUAUUGACCUCCACUUCCCACUGGCUUUGUACAAAAAACUGUUGAGCAGGACGACAACCUUGGAUGAUUUGAAGGAAUUGCAGCCUGAAGUUGGCAGAAGUAUGCAGUUGUUGCUGGAUCAUCCUGAAGAUGAUGUGGAGGACACAUUCUGUCUCAACUUCACGAUUACUGUGGAAAACUUCGGUAAUCCAGAAAUAAAACCACUAGUGCCAAAUGGUGAGAGUAUCACUGUCAGUAAGGAAAACAGGCAUGAUUUUGUAAAUGCCUAUGUGGACUACGUCUUCAACAAAUCAGUGGAGCCAUUAUUUAAUGCUUUCAGUCAGGGCUUUCUUAAAGUUUGCGGUGGUCAUGUUCUCCAGCUGUUCCAGCCAAGUGAACUACAAGCAAUGGUAGUGGGGAAUACAGAUUAUGACUGGAAGGAAUUGGAGAAGACCACAGAAUAUAAAGGAGAGUACUGGGCUGGACAUCCAACAAUCAAGUUAUUUUGGGAAACUUUUCAUGAACUGUGUUUGGAUAACAAGAAGAAAUUUCUGUUGUUUCUAACAGGAAGUGAUCGCAUCCCCCUUCAAGGAAUGAAAAGUCUUAAACUUGUCAUUCAGCCAACAGGUGGUGGAGAACACUAUCUUCCUGUAGCACACACCUGUUUUAACCUGCUGGACUUGCCAAAAUACACUGACAAAGACACACUGCAAGCCAAACUUUUACAGGCUAUUAAUCACUAUGAAGGAUUUAGUUUAGCCUGAUGGACUUUUUUCAAAUGUAAGGAGCAGAAAAAAAAUGCAAAUAUGUUUACAUCUCAAAACAUGCAUUGAAUGAAAAGGUUGUCAGCUUUGCAAAAUACUUGAGAUCUUUUAAAAAAAUGUCUUGGCUGUUUUUUCUUUUUUUUUUUUAAACAGCACUAAUAAAGUCAUAAUAGAAGAGUGAUACUCCAUUACUUUGAACAGAACAGCUCGGUUGAUACCUGAAAACAUCUGUGUAAAGUACAAACGCAUUUAAAGUUGAUCAUAUAGUUUUGUAAAUGUUUAAUCCUAAUAAAGAACUGGGGUGUGGACAGAUGA